GGGUUGCUAUGAGGCUUGAGUGUGUGCAGGGGGAGGGGCUGGUGUGAUUUUACUCGGGUUCAGGAUUUAUAAAGCUGCAGAAGUCCGUCACAUUAAACUGGGACACCGGACACUGUCGGACAACUGACCAGAGGAAAUGGCCACGAAGAAAACCUCCCGAGGACAAGGCAAGAAAGAUGCCAAGCAAAUGAAUAAAAAUGGGAAAAAGGGCGGAGCUAAAGCCGGGGUGUCGUUCUUCACCUGGUUCAUGGUUCUGGCCCUUCUGGGCGUCUGGACCUCUGUGGCUGUGGUUUAUUUUGAUCUGGUGGAUUAUCAGGGAGUGAUCGCCAAGGCACAGGACUUGCGGUAUAAUAUUUCAGAGAUUUUACAAGGUAAACUCUCGUCCUACGACGCUGAUGGUGAUGGAGACUUCGAUGUGGAGGACGCGAAGGUCCUGCUUGGACUGAUGGAGAAACCUGAUGUUCCGGCCUCGGGACCGUCCACUCCUGCUGAAGAGCCUGUGGUAGAGGAACAGAUCCACGCUGCUUAUGUUGAAGAAACAGCUCAGCUUCCUCCAGAGCCCAAAGCCGUGGAGGAAGAGGAGCCCGAGGCCGUGGAGGAAGAGGAGCCCGAGGCCGUGCAGGAAGAGGGGCCCGAGGCCGUGGAGGAAGAGGGGCCCGAGGCCGUGGAGGAAGAGGGGCCCGAGGCCGUGGAGGAAGAGGGGCCCGAGGCCGUGGAGGAAGAGGAGCCCGAGGCCGUGGAGGAAGAGGGGCCCGAGGCCGUGGAGGAAGAGGGGCCCGAGGCCGUGGAGGAAGAGGGGCCCGAGGCCGUGGAGGAAGAGGGGCCCGAGGCCGUGGAGGAAGAGGGGCCCGAGGCCGUGGAGGAAGAGGGGCCCGAGGCCGUGCAGGAAGAGGGGCCCGAGGCCGUGCAGGAAGAGGGGCCCGAGGCCGUGCAGGAAGAGGGGCCCGAGGCCGUGCAGGAAGAGGGGCCCGAGGCCGUGCAGGAAGAGGAAAAACCUCAGAUUGAAGAACAAGAAGAGGAUCCUGAAGAUGAGCCUGAAGUGGUUGAGGAUGAGGUAGUAGAAGAAGCUGUGCUUGUUAAUAAGGCCAUCAAUGAGGCAGUUGAGCAACCUACCCCUGCUGAGGAAGCAGCUGAAGUGGAAGUUGAAGAACCUGCCCUGCCUGAGGAAGCUGUUGCUAUGGAGGAAGCAGCUCUUGAUGAAACUGUGGAAGAAGCUGCUCUAGUUGAGGAGGUAGUUGAAGAAGCUGCCUAUGUUGAAGAGGCUGUAGAAGAGAUAUUCUCUGUUGAUCAGACAGAAGAGGCAGCACCAGUAGAAGUAGUUGAGGAAAUAGUGGAAGAAGGAGCAGCAUCUGAAGGAACAGUAGAACAAUCUGCCCCUGUAGAAGUUGUAGAAGAGGCAGCUCCUACACAUGAGGCAGUUUCAGUUGAGGAAGUAGUGGAGGAGCUUUCACUAGUGGAAGAGGCCGUGGAGGAAGUGGCGCCUGUUGAAGAAACAGUAGAAGAACCUGCUACUUUGGAAGAGGCUGCAGAAGAGCUGGAUCCUGCAGAGAAAGUGAUGGAGGAGGCCUUAACAGAAGAGCCUGAAGUUGCAGAAGAAGAGCAGGAAGACACAGAGGAAACAGAAGCGAUGGAAGAAUUCGAGGAGGAAGAUGAAGAUGAAGAGCCAGAAGAGUUUACAGAGGACGCUGUAGAGGACGAGAGUGAGGACGAGCCCACGGAAACGUAAGUUUUGGCACCCUGUGUGGAGAGAGAGAGAGAGAGAGAGAGGAUCAUCCCACUAUGCCUGGGCAGCUGCAGAGGAUGAACAGAACACCAGCAUCCUGAUCAACUCCUUUAGACUUUUAAUUUUAUUAGACACUCAGAUGUUAGAAUGAUAACACACCCUGUUCUUCUGUUCAUUUUGAACUCGUUUUUCUUUUCUUUCCUUUUUGGCUAUUCCUCUUCCUGUUCCUGUUCCUCUUCCUGUUCCUGUUCGCUCCCAAACAUCAGCCCUGCCAUAUUCCCACUCUGAGCUCUUCUUUGUGUUAGAGGUGAAAACACAGCUGUUGGCUUUCUUCAAAAUCAGACGACUUUCUGUGUGUUGAAGCUGUUUUGAGUGUGUAUGUGGGUGUGUAUGUGUGAAUGCGUGUGUGUAUGUGUGAAUGCGUGUGUGUGUGUGUGAGUGCGUUACUUGUGUGUGUGUGUGUGUGUGUGUGUGUGUGUGUGUGUGUGUAUAUAUUAUCCACACCAUGGUGUUAAUGUGAAGGUAUGGCACCCAGCUGCACUGACCGGUGUAAUGGUUUUCACUCCUCACUUCACCUCAGCGUUACACAAUGAGCAGGUUUAUUAGCGCUGAUGUGUUCACCUCAUAGUGUGUGUGUGUGGUGUUUAAUUUUUUUUUUUAAAUUAGAGCCAAAAAACACUGAGUAUUCACUUUAAUUACAAGCUAAUCUCACUCACUUCUACUCAUUUUCACUUUAACUGUAAACACACACACACGGCCGGGCGGGUUCAGAUGUUUUCACUAAUUCAUCAGCUUCGUGUGACAGACACAGUGACACAGACAGUGAUGCAGACGCAGACUCAGACAGUGACGCGUCUGAGACGCGUCUGUCAUAUCCAGUCCAUAUUCCUCUCUGUCCUUCAUGGUUAUCAUUAUUUUGGGUUUCAGCUCUCACACAGCUAACUUGUGUGUUAGCAGUAGGUGUGUGUGUGUGUGUGUGUUGUGGUUUAUUAUUGUGUUCCACUUUCAGCAGCAUCUUUAACAUUUUGUUAUGUGAUGGUCAGAGAUUAAACACACUGCUGUUUUAAAGCAUUAUGAAGUUUAAAGUAUUAUAAAGCUGUCAGUUGGACAGUAGUGUGUCUAGUUUAAAGUGAGGGUCUCAGUAACGGUUCAAAGACACUCCUGACUGUUCACAUCAGCGUCUCACAGUAUUUCUGUCUGAUUUCUCACACACACACACACACACACGAACGAGAACACUGCAGGUUAGCUCUGACACUACACAUCUAAAACACUUAAGGUUAAUGUUUUUUUGUUUUCCAUAACACUUGUGGUCAGUGUGAACUCAGUACACAGAACUCUGGGGAAAUCUUUGGACAAAUUUUUAAAGAUAUUUCUGUGGAGGUGUUUUUUUUUUGUUGUUGUUUGUUUGUUUUUUUUUAAGCGGGACGUGGGAUUUGUAGAUAAAGAAACACAGAACCCAGCAGGAACUCUGUGCAGGAAUUGUGGUUGUUGUUUAAAGAGGAUUUUAUUGGGCUGAGGGUCACACACUGUCCUGCUGGAUGACACUAACACACACACACACACACACUAACUUAUUGCAGGGUUAGAGACUUUGGGGUCACUGUUUUUUGGGAAUGUGACAGUUUUCUGUUUGAAUUCUGCAAUAAAGUUUUGGGACAAAAACA